AUGCAGUGCCUCAUGAGUACCCGUAGUCACAUCCAGUGACGAAGAGAGUAGCCUUUGGUUGCAGCUCUGUGAAGCGUGACAUUAAUACAUUGGGAUUGAACUAGGAGAUUUCCUUAUUGUUAUGAUAUAAGAGCAGAACCAUGGCAGCCCAGAAGAUAAACGAAGCCCACGAGCACAUCGCCAAAGCUGAAAAAUACUUAAAAACCAGUUUCAUGAAGUGGAAACCCGACUAUGACAGUGCAGCUUCAGAGUAUGCAAAAGCAGCUGUUGCUUUUAAAAAUGCAAAACAAUUAGAUCAAGCAAAAGAAGCCUACCUGAAUGAAGCCCAGGCACAUACAGAUAACAGAGCUCUUUUCCAUGCUGCAAAAGCAAUUGAACAAGCAGGCAUGAUGUUAAAGGAGAUGCAACGAAUGCCUGAAGCAAUUCAGUAUAUUGAGAAAGCAAGCAUGAUGUAUGUGGAGAAUGGUACACCAGACACUGCAGCAAUGGCAUUGGAUCGGGCUGGCAAAUUGAUAGAGCCUAUAAACCUGGAAAAGGCAGUGGAACUUUAUCAACAGGCUGCGUCCGUGUUCGAAAAUGAAGAUCGUUUACGGCAGGCGGUGGAACUAUUGGGAAAAGCCUCCCGACUACUGGUCAGGGCUCGCAGAUUUGAUGAAGCCGCUGCAUCCAUACAGAAAGAGAAGAACAUAUAUAAAGACAUCGAAAAUUAUCCUACAUGCUUUAAGAAAACAAUUGCACAAGUGCUUGUUCACCUUCACAGAAAUGACUUUGUUGCUGCAGACAGAUGUGUCAGAGAAAGCUACAGUAUCCCAGGGUUCAACAGCAGUGAAGACUGUGGAGCGAUGGAGAAGCUUUUAGAAGGCUAUGAUCAGCAAGAUGAGGACCAAGUAUAUUCCGUGUGUAACUCUCCUCUAAUCAAGUACAUGGACAAUGAUUAUGCCAAAUUGGCUCUGAGUUUAAGGGUCCCAGGAGGGGGUACCAAGAAGAAAUCUCCUGAAACUCCCAAGAACGGAGAUGGAGGCUCAAGGGUGGAGCAGGAAGAUGAUGAGUACUCUGGGGGACUCUGCUAAUCCUGGACAUGCUGUAAUCUUUCCGAUACUACCUUACAUUAAUUAAGACAUUUGUAGACCAGCAACAGUGCCAGGUAUUGACAGAACCUUGAGAAUGCCUUUUAAAGUUAAUUGCAGGGGUGCAACAGAUAUACACUGCUACACAUUGAAAUAUUGUAUUUUAGAACAUAUUUAAGCCUUUUUGCUGUUCUGAGAAAGCAUGAGCAGAUAUUAUAUUACAGCAAACAGUGCUUGCGCAUUAUGGUUGAAUAAAGGCAUGUACACACCCUUAUUAAACAAAUA